UCCUAUAAACCAGGAUAUAUUAGGUUUAGGUUCCUAUAUACCAGGAUAUUCUGAGGCUGGCUAAACCACCCUAAUUCUUCGAGUACAGCAAUUUGGAUGAUUCAUCCAAAUUGUCAGGAAUAGUCCCUUUAAAACUAUAAACUUUUUGGUACGAGCAUGAGGCCGGUACGAGUAAGCGCAAAAAGAGCGCGUAGGAGCGGUAGACGAGCGGGGCGCGGUACCAAGUUUUCAUCGGGCCUUGUAAGGCCUUUUUAGCUUCACUUCCAUAUCAUUCGGCGUAGUAAUAGUAACCUUAAAAUGUUUAUUAUUUUUCAGAUAAAAAUGAGAAUGAGAACUGUUCGAUUGGAGAGCUCUCAUACGGAAUUGUACAAAUUCUAAAAGGUUGAAUUUGUAUAAUUCUUACAAUAUAUCAGGUUCUCCAGGUUAUGGAUGCUGGAGGCUGGAGGAUCUAUGUAGAGGCUGCCAUGAGAAUACAUGGCUCCAGGUACUACAGUCCUCUGUAUGACCCGGAGAAAGAAUCAACCCUGAACUCUGUCCUAGGGAUACACCUGCAGUUCCCAUGGAUAUCUCAACUCAUAGGAUUUGGGUUCAGGUCAUAGAGUUUAUUUGUUUACUGAGUUAGAAGAGAUUAGUACACAGAGAGUUCAAAUUUACAGCGCUAUCAGGGAUAUUGCACAGAAAGUAUAGAUUCACUGAAUUAUCAGUUAUCGAGAUGAUUCUGCUUAGAGGGUAGAAACAAUGAAGCAAGGGGCGCUGAAGGGGUGAACCAAGUUGAAAAUUCUGAAGCACGUGAAACGACCGCGGCAUAAAUUCCUCAAUGCGCUUGGUGGGAACUAUUCAGCUCCACGGGACAUAAUGGUUAAAACUUCACUGGGAAACUGAUCUCUGUAUGAUUAGAUGCCCUGAACCUAAAUAUCAGAAAUAACAAAUAAAAGUCCAGAAAGUACUGAAGAUACUCUGAGGAUGAGAGGUUGGCUGUUACUCCUGUAUUUGCCCCUAAGCUACAAAUAUGCUAAUUCUAAACGAGGAUUCAAAUGUAGCGCUGGAAUAUCAAAGUCUAUCUGUCUCCCUGAUGAAUAUUCAAAAUUUGAACUUCCAUUCGUGGACUCAACUAACGAGAUAUAUAUCGGGAUCGAUAUCGACGAAGUUCUCCGGAUCAAUGACAAGGAUUACAGUAUAACCUUCUCCACCUACUUCAACGUGGAGUGGGUGGAGAGAAGGUUGACAGUGAGGAAGGACUGGUUGGAUCAGAUGGGACAUAUAGAGAACUCAUCAGAACCCUUGAAUAUGCCGAUGAAUCUUGAAUUCGUAAAGGAUCUCUGGCUCCCAAAUAUAUUUAUCUAUAAUCUUAAAACUUUCAAGGUGAUAGACGUCCUGUCUAAGAUGGCUGGACUCUGGAUAAAUACAAAUAAAAAGAUUCUUUACAGUCAACAAACUCAUAUCACAUUCAUCUGCCCUAUGAGGUUUGAUAAGUUCCCCUUGGACACUCAAAGGUGUAAAUUCCAGGUUGGUUCCUACUCAUAUGAUGAUUCUAAAAUGAUGUUUAUCACUCAAUCUGCUCAGUAUCAGAAGAACGGAAGAAAUACCAUUGCUCUGGACUAUGAUAUAGAAAUAGAGCCCCUGCAACCCCUGGAUAUGAUCCUAGACUACGGAAACUUAGGGAAUUUUUCCCUUUCUGGUUUCGAGAUGGUGCUCACAAGAUACGUUUCUACUUACAUUAUCACGUACUACCUUCCCUCAGGACUAUUUGUGAUUGUAUCCUGGAUAUCCUUCCUGAUACCUAUGGACGUUAUACCAGGACGGAUGGCUCUGCUGGUUACACUGUUCUUGGUUCUGGUUAAUAUCUUCAAUACAGUUACAACCAAUACACCUAAGGCUGAAGGUUUGACAGCUAUAGAAGCCUGGAUGUUGGCCUGUAUACUUUUUGUAUUCGGAGCUCUCAUUGAGUAAGUUUUCAUCAUUUCUAAAACAAAAAAUUCAAUUAAAAU